AUGAACUGGGUCGGGGGAUCCCGUACCAGGGUUCUGAUAAAGCAAGAAAAGAGAAAGCCAAAGUCCGAAUAUUUUGAAAAGAAAAGGCUAAAAUCAAAAAUGAAGUUAUUAGGGGUUUUAUCCCCUGUCAAAAAUUCCACUGUCAGUUUAGACCUCCUUAACUUAUAUAUGGUAAAUCACAUAUCUUGCCAGAAGAAAACACCUGAAACUGUGAGAAAACCAAUCCAUGUGAAUAUGCAUAGAGAUAUAAAAAUGCCCUUAAGAAAGCAUGAUUUAGAACUUCCAGUGUCACCUCACAGUGUACCAUCUAAACUCUGCAUUGAUGAUCUAGAAAACAAACUAGACAACAAGAAAGAACUUGCCCCAAUUCAGUUGUCACAAGUCAUGGACUCACAAAGAAUAUUCGAACCUCAGUUCAACAGAACAGAAAAUUGCACUUUCACUCCAUCAUCCUUUGCAGCAGAAUUAUCUUCUAACAGAAAUAUUACAAAACAAAAUUUCAUUCCCAGAACAGCACCUAGUCCUCAGAAAGUUGCAUGUGAAAAAAAGCAGAAUGAGCAGCUCAGUAAAGUUAAUUAUUCUAAUACUUUGGUUUCCAAAUUAAAUGAAAGUCAAGAUGCUCUCAGUCCAUCAUAUAAAACAGCACAAUUUGGGUCAUUAUUCAAUAGAUUAAACAGUUCAAGAAAUAGGAAUUUCCCUACUAGAAGGCCUGUUAGAGUUAUGGAUGAAGAUUGUAGAAGAAUGGAUGAGCAGAGACAGUCAGACUUUAUUACUGAAAAACAAUCAGCACAACAUAUUUGGAGAGAAAAAAGAAGAGAAGUUUCAAAUUUUUUUGAGGAUGUGAACCAGCCAACAACCAGCUGUAUAUCAGAGAAUUGUAACUCUUUUAUUAAUGAAAAUGUGAUCAGUUUAUUAAACAUAAAUCAACAAAGAAUAAAGAAAACCAUUGACAAGUGUGGUCAUGUCAGUAUUGGGGAUGAUUAUGCAAACACAAGUUCUGAUAAAAAUUAUUCAACUGAUAGAUGCAUUAGAAGUAUUUUUACAGAUCCAGAGUUGACUUUUAGUAAUUCUUUUAAUGAAACAAAUUAUCCAGAAAGGUGUCAGCCAAAUGAGAAGUAUCAGAAAGAGUACAACAAUAAUGAGAGAAAUACUUUUACUACAUCUUUUGAGAAGGAUUGUUACAUAGCCAGCUCUGAAAACAAAGGAAAAUUUGAAAGUGACUAUCAAGAGAAAUCACCACAGAAUGAAAUCCAGAAACAUCCAGUGAAUCAUACGAGUAAUAUCUCUUCGGAAGAAUUGCAUUCUAAGACAUCAUGGGACUUGGAAUUUGAUAAGAUUCUGGUGGAAGAAGGAGGAACCUGUUCUAUAAAAGACAGACCAACAUCUACUAAGAAAAUCUAUCUUGAUUCUUCACAGAGUAGUCAUUCUACCAGUUAUUAUUCUCCAAGGCCAACAGAUAGUUGCUUCAGUUCUAGUUCAGAGGUGCCAUCUGAAGAUGAAGAUCAAAUAUUGCAGCAUGUUGAAGAAUCAAGUAGAUCCAUCAGAAUCAAAGAAACAACUAGUAAUGUUUAUCUAGAAAGGAUGCCAAAAUUGCCAUGUGAUAGGAUUAUUAAAAACAAUGCCAAAACUCAUGAACAAAAUGAGAAUCUUCACCACCUCUCAAUGAAAAAUAAUACAGAU